UGCCUAGUUUAAAUCACUGAGCAUUGCAACACUCAGGCUGAAACUAUGUACAUUAAGUUAAGAAAACAAAAGGUAGGAAGGUAUUUUUCUCUUCUGAAAGCCGUAUCCUGAUUUGGAAAAGUGAUAUUCCACUUACUAUUCAUGCUAGAUUGUGAUCUACUCACGGAGUCAACGGCCAUGGCACUUUCUGUGAAUUUCCUGGCAGCACGGUGCCUUAAACAUAGUAAGUGCACAAUAAAGGAAUGCUUCUCGAGCAAAUGAAUUGUUUCUCAAAAUGGCAUUUUGGUUUUUUUGUUCUUCUUUCCUCCCCCUCUAUUUAGAGCCGGGCUCCAAUCUCAGCCAAGCUGGUGGCAAAUAUGCUCUCUGUAGCAGGCGCGGAUCAUAUUAUCACCAUGGACCUGCAUGCUUCUCAGAUUCAGGGCUUUUUUGAUAUCCCAGUGGACAAUUUGUAUGCAGAGCCAGCUGUGCUGAAGUGGAUAAGGGAGAACAUCUCUGAGUGGAGGAACUGUACGAUUGUCUCACCUGAUGCUGGUGGAGCAAAGAGCGCUCCUAAAAGGAACUUCCAAGCUUGGUGUCCAGAGUGACCUCCAUUGCGGACCGGUUGAACGUGGACUUCGCUCUGAUUCACAAAGAGCGGAAGAAGGCCAACGAAGUAGACCGCAUGGUGCUGGUGGGAGACGUGAAGGACCGGGUGGCCAUCCUGGUGGACGACAUGGCUGACACGUGUGGCACAAUCUGCCAUGCGGCCGACAAACUUCUCUCAGCUGGAGCCACCAGAGUUUAUGCAAUCUUGACUCAUGGAAUCUUUUCUGGCCCGGCCAUUUCCCGCAUUAACAACGCAUGCUUUGAAGCAGUAGUAGUCACCAAUACCAUACCUCAGGAGGAUAAGAUGAAGCAUUGCUCCAAAAUACAGGUGAUCGACAUCUCCAUGAUCCUGGCAGAAGCCAUCAGGAGAACUCACAACGGGGAGUCAGUUUCCUACCUGUUCAGCCACGUCCCUUUAUAAUAGAGUAACUGCUGAGGCUUUUUACGAAGAAAGUGAACCCCGCCCCCUUGUUUUCCCUUGGUAUUUGAUGACAAAUUGCGCAGAAGGCCCAGCUUGCCUCUGGCGAAGCUUUCUCCACCCCUCAUCGGGUAUAUUAGCAUUUCUCCUAAAUGUAGAGAAAGACGGAUUGAGAUGAACUGCUGAGCUGCGCACAGCAAGAGUUCAGGCUUUGGAGGGUGUUGUGUCGGGGUGUGAAUGUGCGGGGGCGGGGGGGGGCGGGGGGGAAGCGCAGACUACUUUGCAUGUGAAUACUUCAGGGUUUCCUUGGUUCAGAACUACUGGCCACAAAGCCCCCGUCCACCCCCAACCUGUGACAGGCUCUCAAAAGUCUCUGCGAAAUGACAGCAAGAACCCUAGGCCACCCCAGCCCAGCUCGGGCCGCUGAGUCCUGUAAAGCUGCAGCUCUCUGGAGGGGGUGGGGGUACCCGGGAUGGGGGGGGAGGCAGCACACAGGGCAGUGAAUGCUUCUUGGGAGGAAAAAGCCUGAUCCUUCACCCCCUGCUUGGGGAUUGUGUCACUGGGAUUCUCCUUUGUACCCGUUCCUUUCCAUUUGGCUUGACCUUCAGCCAUCUUGCCCUUCCCCUGGCCAGAUGUCCUCUGGGGUGCACGUGUUCCUCGUACCAGUCUUCUGGAAAGCAAAGUCGCUUCCUGCUACGUCAUCUCUUAACACUGACACAGGAUUAUUUUUGCCGUAGCGUUAUCUUCCUUAGCCCGCUACCGCCGUGGUAGUAGGUGUUAGGUGGGGUCGUAGUGCCUUUUGAUUAAUUUAAAUAUUUCAUCUUCCUUCCAUCUCUUUGGCCUCUCCAGUGACCUGCGAUUUCUGUUAAAAAGACUGAUGUUGCUGUCUCUCAUAGAGGAAACUAAUAAAGUGUCUGUGUGUGAUUCGUUCGUC